UCCUACCAGAGGAAGCCAAGCUGAGCUUCUGACAGGAGGACUGACGUUUGUUGUUCGUGUGAGAAGUUUCAUGGGAGCCACAACAAUCUCCAACUGAUGUUGUCAGGACGCAAGUGAUGGUGUGAGGACUCGGUGAGGGGGGACUCAUGCGCAAAAAUGCGGAUCUUUCUCCCUUUGCUGUGGGUUCUCUGUGCAGCGCCGGUCCGCGGCAUAUUCGACGGAACCUGUCCCAGAAAAGACGACACACAGAUAUACCAUCCCCUGAGACCCAGUGACCCAAGAAGCCUAGCUGCUGCUGAAGAUUGCCUCAGUGAUGUCAACUACCCUCCCCCUGGUGUGUUGGUCCUAUCUCCAGGCAGUAAGCUGGUUUUAACCUGCAGUGGUCAUGUGGAGGUGGAUGGAGUAAAGGUCAGCUGGGGCAGAAAUGGCUUAAACACCAACAGACAAGGGAGUUCUGCAGAUGCAGUCCCAACAACCACUGCAAACAUCAGAAGCAGCACUGGAGUUUUAUUAAACAGUGACAAACACACUGGGGGGAAUGCUGUAAAUGAGGGGUACCACUCUCACCCCACUGAGGCAGGAGAGAACACAAGCCUCGGACAAACAGACACAGGAUACACAGCUCCCCCUACAACUCACGCGGUCCGGCCAACCAGUGUGACCAGACUGCGAAUGGGUGAAUCUGAAGACAUGGCCGGAGAGGACGAUUAUGAGGAAGAGGAGGAAAGCGAGGAAGGGAGCAGAGUAACACGGGGCGUAAAGUCAAGGCUACAGUGGAAGUGGAACAGGAUGACAGUGGGAAAAGGAGACAGAGACUGGGGUGAAGUCACAUUAGAGAGGAGAGGGGCGUCACUGUCUCUGUCCUCAGUGAGACUGAUAGACGCCGGGAGGUACACGUGUUAUCACAGAGACAGAGAGAGGUUCUCCUUAAAAGUACAUGUUUCAGAUCAUCCAGAGACCCCCACUCUGUCCUGCUACAAAAGGUCACCCAGCAGUAAGAUCCGCUGUGAGUGGACGUCUCAGAAGCCCAUCACUGUACAAACUCACUGUCACCUCUUACUCAGUAAAAGCCCGAAACAGCCAUUUCUUCGCAUUCCGUGCUCAUUCUCAUCUCGCCUCUCCCGCUGCUGGUGUGCUCUGGAUCACAAUGACGACGAGCUGAGAACUGUUCACACAGCCUUCCUGUGUGUUACGAGCAUCACCGGCAACGCCACCAGCAGCCCGCAAAGCUUCACACCUCUGAGAAUUUUGAAGCCCAACCCUCCAGCACAUUUGUCAGUCCGACAGGAGGAGGGACACGAAAGGAGAAUGAUCGCCACCUGGGGUUUGCCAGUCUCCUGGAAGUCUCAAGACAGCUAUUAUGCACUACUCUAUGAGAUCAAAUACCAACCUGUCCACUCCUUGUUUGAUCAUGAGCAGACACAUAAGAUCAGGCACCAGCGUUCCCACACUAUCACUGAUGCACUAGCUGGUGUGGAGUACAGGAUACAGGUCAGAGCGAGAGAAGAAUAUGAUGGUCAGUGGAGUGAGUGGAGUGAACCGGUCCAUGCCAGCAGUUGGACAGCAGUUAAAGGGACAGUCGAUGACCUCGCUUCCACCACGUUUCCAGUAUACACGGAAGGCUCUGGGUCUUCAGGAGACUGUAUGUCUGAUGUUCCUGAGCCGGUGUAUAGUGGAAUGGAGGCGUCACAUCACGUGAUCCCAUGGAUCUGCGGUUCAUUUGCUCUCUUGUUGGUCAUUUUGGCUGCCUACUUAUUCAGACACAAGGACAGAUUCAUGCCUAAACUCCAGAGUCUGAGUGUCAUCAAUCGGUGCAAUGACCCACCUCAGCCAGCACCCUCCGCCCCAACGCUUCCAGAAGGGCAGGCCUUGGUGACCUUAGCACCUCGUUCUUACAAGAGACCCCCACCGAGCCAAGUGGCAGAAGAGGAGGAAGAAAAUGAAGAAGAAAAUGGAGAAGAAGACGAUCAGCGGGCGAAGAAGAGGACAGAAGCCACGCACUUCAGCAACACAAGCUAUUUCUUUCUUCGCAGGGAGUGAUGAGCAGGCAGAGAGGGGAAUAAAACUAACCACAGCCAGUGUUACAGACAGCAAAAGGAUAAUGAACUUAAAAUUGUAAUGGUUCUCCAGUGAGCUUCUGCUGGAAGCAAACUCAGGAAUAGCUUGUACAGUCUCUCUUUUUAUCUCUCAUGCCUAAAAUACCUCUCAAAGACUUUUUGUUGUUGUAUGUGUCUUAAGAGCAGCUCCUCUGUCUCAUGGCUGUGCUAAUUUAAAGUGCCUUGAUAAACUGUAGACUAGACGUAGGCCUCAUUGUAAACCUGCAUCUAGCAUAUCACCUCAUGCUCUGUUUGUACAUAAUUUUAUCAAAUAUAUCAUUUGCAUUCUGCCAUUUCAGUUUCUACAUAUGCUUCACAAGGUUUGAAACUGAAGUGGCAAAGGUUGCUGUCAAAAGCAUUAGCUGUUCAUCUGUUUUCUUGCCUCUUAUACUAAUUAAGCUGCGUUGAUCAUCUUUUUUUAAGAAUUUCUGUGUGAAAGUCUGGAUUAUGGCAGCUUCCUUCAGGCCCCAGAACUCCAGUACUUGUUUAGGAAUUGCCUAUUUACUGUAUCACUAGAGCACAUUCAGUUGGUAAUACUUCUAAAACAGGGGCGUCAAAGGGGCGUCAUCUCAAGUGAGCAUACCAGUAAAACCAUCGCAUAUUAGCCUAUGAAUAACAACACCUCCAAAUUUUCUCUUUCUUUUAGUGUAAAGAAGCACAAGUACAUUUUGAAAACAUUCAUCCAGAUGAUGAGCAGCUCGAGGUGUCUCAAGAAACAUAAGUGCAAUUUCAACAGUCUCGUUUUUUCCACAUUCAGUCACUGUAUGUGCAUUUUUCCAUACAUUUCCACUCCUGUGUAGUAACGCUGGCAUCACCACACCAAACUAAAGCUAUUGAGGAGGCAGGUCAAGUUACCCCUGUCUUAAAAAGAGUCUUAAGAAUUAAAACUAUACUGUUUUAAGAUA